AUGUCCAGCCCCCAAGCGAACACAGAUGCCCACAAGGGAGCUCCACUGCCGGUUGCGGGGCCGAGUGCGGUGACAGGUUGUCAGGGCAAAGAGAAGGCCAGGACAAGGUCGAGCCGCAGCCACGAGGUAUAUAAGCCUGACCGUCACUGUUUCUCCUCACUCUUAACUUCCUCCAGGAAACAUGAAGACCAUUGCUCUCGUUUGUAUAUUAAUUUUCGGUACAUUGCCAAUGUUAGAGAUGAUUCUUUCGGCGGUUUGAUCUGUUCUCAUGUUUAUACUUUUUUUAUUUAUUUUUCUUCAGUCGCUUUGUUGGUUGGCGUUGCCGCCGCCGUGCCCGGCCUCCGCCAGCGUCGAGACUCCAACUCGCUCUUCUUCGAACUUCCCGCCGACGCAGAUUUGGUUCUUGGCGGAAUCAACACGGGAUUCGAGUGCGGCGACCUGCCCUACGGCUACUACGCCGACCAGGCUAACAGCUGCGCCGUCUUCCACGUGUGUCUGCCCUACAUCGACAACGACCUCUACAUCACCCGCCACUUCUCCUUCAUGUGCGGCGAGGGCACCAUGUUCGACCAGGAGCGCCUCGUCUGCGACUUCCCCGAGAACUCCCUUCCCUGCUCCGAGGCCGCCGCCUUCAGGAGGUCCAACGAGUACUUCGGCCGCGAAAAUGUGAACUUCCUCGAAAAGUAAUUUUCUCAUAUUCUUGAGAUUCCCCCUAUUGAGUACAAAAUGUUAGGUAUAAACCUUUUACAUAUCACCUUUAUACUAUGAAAAAUACAUGUUAAUAAAAACAGAUACAAGUAA